AUGUUGAAGACGAGAAGCGUUCAAUCCAUCUGCGCAUCAUGUCGUCUCAAUAUCGCCAUCUCACGAGCCCGUAACGCACGACUACCUUUGAAAGCGCAUUCGGCGCCGCUGCAACUACGAUCAGCCGCUUCAAAAGCCUCCGCGCCACAUCGAGCAUUUUCUACAACUCUUGCGAAAAGGAGUCUCGACCAAGACGCCCGAGACAAUGCUGCAGACUCACAAGACGCACCAUCCUCUCCGACAGAGGCGCUGAAUCAUGAAGUCAAUGCGCGAAAGGCAAGACAGCAGUUUGGUGAUACCCUGCCGAGGGACCAUCUGAACGCAGAAGAAUACAUUGUGUACGAGAGGCUGUACGGGCCGCCAGUGUUUGUGGACUCCGCAGAAGACAUACAGGAAAUCGAUACUGUAGCUGAGGAAGAAAUCAUCCAAGAGGAGCGACCCGAUGGCACCACGGUUUUGCUUAGGAGAACAAAAGAUGGCGAACUGGAGGAGCUAGAGAUUGUUGAGGAGACCGAUGCUGCCGAGGAAGAAGAUUCAGAGGGGGUUGCUUCUAGGGAGACCAUGACACCAGAGGAGUGGGAGGCGCGCAGGGAUGAAGAAACGCAAACAUACCACGAUGAUGUCUACGAGCAGAGCCGGCUGCAAUACGAGGAAGCAGAGGCUUGGGAAGACAUGGAAGAGUCUCAAGAGGAUGAUUUUAUACGCGCCCACCCUUUGACUAUUGCUGGCCGCUUCAAGCCAUCUCCCUCGACAGUUUUCCUGCCCAAGGAAACACUCGUGGACCCAACAGCUCUUCUCUUGACCCGCGCGAACCACAAGCACCUCGCUGAAUCAGCGAAUCGGAUUUUUGGUGGACGGGGACUGCCCAACUCGGCUAGCACUGCUCCAGCGCGCCUGGGCAACGAGCAGAAACCGAUUCCGCUCGAUCCUUCGCAGUCUGACAUGGGCAAUAUCGAGGCCGAUGCCUACAUGGCGACUGUCCAGCCUGGAACAUAUGCGAGUGUCAUGAGCGCCAUGGUCGAAGUCCGCCGACGCCUCGGGACGGGAUGGCUGGAGCACCUGUUACAAGACAAAAAGGGCGGGACGCUCCUAGAUGCCGGCUCGGGAGGAGUGGGUGUGCUUGCAUGGCAUGAGAUACUCCAGGCGGAGUGGCAGCGUAUGCAUGAUGAAUCAGGGAAUACCUCCCAUGGCGCUACACCGCUGGGCAAAGCAACCGUCCUAACGGCGUCUGACACGCUUCGCCACCGCGCAAGCAAGCUGCUGGAAAACACGACAUUUAUUCCACGUCUUCCAGAAACCGUGACCGCAGCAGAUGAAGCCAAUACGCAGCAGCCACGCAAGUUUUACGACGUAAUUAUUGCACCGCACACACUCUGGCCGUUGCGGCAAGACUAUCUGCGUAAGGAACAGGUCGAAAAGUACUGGUCCCUGCUGAAUCCCAAGGGCGGUGUUUUGAUACUCAUUGAGAAGGGUUUACCACGAGGAUUUGAAGUCAUUGCUGGUGCUCGCUCCUAUCUUUUGGACAAGCACAUUGCUUCACCCGGCUCAGAAACGAUUGAGCAACUGGUCGACUCUCAAGUUUCCAACCCAGAUGAAGAGACCAGGUUUACGGAUAAAGAGACUGGUAUGAUUGUUGCGCCGUGCACCAAUCACAGCACCUGUCCCAUGUAUCAGUCUGUUGGUAUUUCUCAAGGACGAAAGGACUUUUGCUUCUUUAGCCAACGCUACAUUCGGCCACCGUACCUCCAACGCAUUAUAAAUGCCAAAGACAAGAACCACGAGGAUGUACAGUUCAGCUAUCUCGCCGUUCAACGUGGUCGCGAUCAGCGCCUUGCCCAGUACGACAUCUUAGGCAAGGGUUUCGUGCAGGGAGAAGUCUCAACCGCUGCUGCUUUCGAGGGCCACGAGUGGAAAGCAUCUUCCAAGCCAGACACUGAGCCUGAAUCAGAAGAAGAAGUCACGUUGACAUCUCCAGCCGACGUCAACCCCCUCACGUUUCCGCGGCUCAUCCUGCCCGCGCUCAAACGCCGCGGCCACAUCAUCCUCGACGUGUGCACACCAUCCGGCACGCUGGAGCGCUGGACGGUACCCCGCUCUUUCAGCAAGCAAGCCUUCCGCGAUGCUCGAAAAGCGCGAUGGGGCGAUCUGUGGGCGCUGGGCGCAAAGACACGCAUCCCACGCAAUGUGCGUCUGGGGCGGCCGACGGACGAGUUUGAUAAGAAGGGCAGAAAGGUCAAGAAGGCCAAGCAGGUGACGAUUGAAAUUGGCGUGGGUGAAAAGGACGGGCGGACCGUCGAAGAAGGGCCGGUGAGGGUGCUCGGCAAAGGGGGGCGACUGCUAGUUGGGGAUCGGGACGGACGGUAUACGAGUGGUCGGAAGAUUCGGGGGAGCAAGGGGAGGAAAGGGAGGAAGAAGAGAGUAGGGCACGACUAUGAUGUCUUGGAUGAUGAUGUGUAA